GUGGUAAAAAAGACCGGGUUAAACAUUGGAAAUUUAAUCUAUUUUUAAAAAUUAAACCAGUAAAUGGUCUUAACUCCAUACUUUUAAAAAUAUUUAUAUAUAUACUGAAUCUAUAUUUCAUAAAUUUGAUUGGUUUAUUUAUUGAUAUACAUUUAAAAGAUCAAAAAAUACUGCUCGGGAUCUGAUGUGCAUUAGUUUCGUAAAUUUGUAUGGAUUGUAAGAAAUCCAUACAAAUUUACGAAACAUAUUUAGUUUUUAACAGGUUUAAAAGAACACCAAAGAUAGCAAAUGCCUAGAAGUCUAUAACUGAAAGAUCGGGAGAAAUGUAUUGGAACUUUAUGUGUAAAAACCUGCGAACAUCUUGGACACACAGUCCAAGACCCGAUAUCCAACAUAGUAAAAUCGAGAGUCAAAAAUUUGCAAUUGUGAAUAUUAACUACUGUGAAUGAUGCAAUACAUUUAUUGUGAAUACCAAAAGAGCAAACUGCCAAAUUGACAGCUCCCUAGCAGAGAAAAGAAAAAAACAAAAUACUACCAGACCACGGACAGACACACUUGUAUUGUAAAAGAAACGAAGGAAAAAAUAAUGAAAUUUUAACUUAAAUUGGAAAUUAAUAAAACAAAUCACACAUUUGUAAUGGAAACAACAGGUGACCAAUUAAUAUUAGCCACUGGUGGCUAUGAUCACACCAUUAAAUUAUGGCAGGCACAUACCGGCAAUUGUAUACGCACGCUGCGUUUGUGGAGACAUCGCAAGUUAACGCCCCUGGAUCGCACUCCCGACAAAACCCGUUUAGCGGCUUGUGGGUAUCAGUGCAUACGUCUGUAUGAUUUGGAAUCCACAACUAAUGUGCCUGUCAUCAACUUUGAAAGUGUUCAGAAGAACGUCACACGCUUGGGUUUCCAAGAAGAUGGCAAUUGGAUUACCGCUGGCGAAGAUCAUCGUGUACGCAUAUGGGAUAUGUUGUCCGCCUCACCACAUUGUUCACGGGUGUUUGAUUGUCAGGCACCGGUAAAUGCCGCCUGUUUGCAUCCGAAUCAGGUGGAAAUUGCCAUGGGUGCUCAAAAUGGUGGUGUCUAUUUGUGGGAUGUCAAGUCCGAGGUCCACGAACAGUUAAUACCCGAAGUGGAUGCCUCCAUACAAGAUGUGGCCAUUUCACCCGAUGGUCAGUAUAUGGCUGCCGUUAACAAUAAAGGCAAUUGUUAUAUUUGGUCGCUAAGUUCCUCGCCAAAUCAAAAACUCACCACCUUACAUCCCAAACUGAAAAUAGCUGCUCACAAACGCUACGUUUUGCGUUGUAAAUUUAGUCCCGAUUCUAGGCUUCUAGUGACCACAUCCGGUGAUGGUACGGCACGCAUAUGGAAAACAGAUGAUUUCACUAUGUGGCGUGAAUUGUCCAUCGAUAACUAUUGGGUGUGGGAUGCGGCAUUUAGUGCUGAUUCAAAAUACCUCUUUACCGCCUCCAGUGAUGGUAUUGCUCGUCUUUGGAAGCUAGAAACAAAAAAUCCCGAACGUAAAUACACUGGUCAUACUAAAGCUAUUACCGCUUUGUCCUUUAAAGAUGAAAUUGUUACCGAAUAACAUCAAGCAUUAACGUGGCGUGACAAUUGGGGCCGUACCAGACGUAGGUCUGCCUUCAAUAAACCACCGUGGAUGUGUGGUGCAUUUUGUACGUUCGUGGGUCGUAAGUUAUCGAUAUAAGUUGGGUGGAACAUAAAUACUUCAAUUUGUUUUUGUUUGCUUAAUUUUACUGCUAGUAACCGAAAAAAGAACUAUAGUUUAUUUUAUUUCUUUUUCAAUUUUGUUUUCUUUUAAUUGUUUUUUUAACUCUUAAUUAAGACUUUUCUAUAUGAAUAAUUUUUUAUAUAUAAAAAGAAAAAAUAAGAAGAAAUCAAGGACAUGA